CAGUGACUCGACCCCGGCCGCCGAACACGCGCGACUGACGCGCACGCCGCGCAGAGCGCGCGCCGCUGCUGCCCACCGCACGGCCGACGUCAGGCGGCCAGAAAACUGGUCUCGAUGAUCAAAUACAACCUCACGGAGUUUCCGGACGACCAGGAUGGCGAGUGCCAGCUGGACUCGGUCAACACCGGCCGCACCCACGUGCGCUUCCACUCAGGCCGGUCCAUCUGGGCCAGCCGGAGCACGCUGGAGAAGGUGCUGGUCGUCCUCUGCCUGGUGCUGCUUGCCAUCGCCGUGCUGCUGGUGGUGCUGAUGGCCAAGCAGGAUGAGAACAUCAUGUAUCUUCACCUGGGCCAUGGGAUCGGCCACCAUCACAAGGACUUCUGCGUGUCGCCGGCGUGCGUGGACGUGGCGGCCUCGAUUCUGAAGGGGCUCGACCUGACCGCCGACCCGUGCGAGGACUUCUACCAGUACGCCUGCGGCGGCUGGGUCAAGUCCAACCCGAUCCCGCACGGCCAAAGCAUGUGGGGCACCUUCGGCAAGCUCUGGCAGCAAAACCAGCUCGUCAUCAAAAACGUGCUCGAGACGCCGCCGGCCGGGCUGGCCAACGACGCCGAGAGGAAGGCGCAGCGCUACUACCUCUCCUGCGUGGACGCCAACGGCACGAGCGAGGCGCGCGGCGGCGCACCCCUGCUGCAGCUGAUCCACCAGAGCGGCGGCUGGAACAUCACCGACUCCAACUUCAGCGCCGUCACCUGGGACUUCCAGCGCGCGCUGCAGCGGCUGCACAACGAGUUCAACGCCGGCCCGCUCUUCACGUGGUCCGUGGUGGAGGACGACAAGAACUCCUCCAGCUACGUCAUACAGGUGGACCAGGGUCUGCUGGCGCUGCCCUCCCGGGACUACUACAUCAACAAGACCACCGAUGACGAUCCCGUGCUGGCGGCGUAUCUCGCAUACCUGACGCGGGUCGGUGUCCUCCUGGGCGGCUCGGAGGAGGACGUGCGGCGCCAGGCCAAUGACGUCAUCUCUCUGGAGAUCCAGCUGGCCAACAUCUCGACGCCGUCGGACGAGCGCCGGGACGAAGAGGCCAUCUACCACAGGAUGGGAGUCACCGACUUGCAGGAGACCGCGCCGUUUUUGGACUGGAGAGCGUUUUUCCAAGACGCCUUCGAUAAGGUGAACAUAACCCUCCCGGCGGAUCUAACUGUGGUUGUCUACGCACCAGAGUAUCUUUCAAGGCUGUCCAAAACACUCAACGAAUAUCUGGCCACCCUUCGGGGAAAAGUAAUUUUGAACAACUUUAUGAUGACGAAACUUGGCGGAGGCCUGGUUCGCUGCUUGAGCAAGGACUUCCGUGACGCCUACAAGAUGCUGAAGAAGGCGUUGGUGGGCACAGACGAGGACGAGGAGACGUGGCAUUACUGCGUGGACGACACAAAUGGUGCUCUCGGCUUCGCACUCGGCGCAAUGUUCGUGCGAAAAAACUUUAAGACAGCCUCGAAAGAACUGGCCGAGGAGAUGGUAGCCGACAUACGCAAGUCGUUCAUCUCCAACACGGCACAGCUCUCUUGGAUGGACGACGAAACGCGAAAGCUGGCGGAAGAGAAGGCCGAGGCCAUCACCAGAAUGAUCGGGUUCCCUCCCAACAUAUUGGAUGCAGAAUACCUUGAUGAAAAGUAUGGAGGCCUUGAAAUUAAAGAGAAUGAGUACUUUGAAAACAAUUUACGCCACGCCAAACAUUCUCUGAUCAAGAAUCUCGAGAAGUACGGAAAAGCUGUGAAUAAAACGAGGUGGGACAUGACCCCGCCGUCGGUCAACGCUUACUACUCAGCAUCACACAACAUGAUCGUAUUUCCGGCCGGCAUUCUGCAGGCGCCCUUCUACGACCCACAGUACCCACGCUCUCUCAACUUCGGCGCCAUGGGCGUGGUCAUGGGCCACGAGUUGACCCACGCUUUCGACGACCAGGGCCGCGAGUACGAUAAGAACGGCAACAUGAACCAGUGGUGGAAAAACGCCACCAUCCAGCGCUUCAAGGACCGUACCCAGUGUAUGGUGGAUCAGUAUUCCAAGUUCAAAGUCGGCAAUCUGACGGUCAACGGCCGGCAGACCCUGGGUGAGAACAUCGCCGACAACGGCGGCCUUAAGGCCUCGUUUGACGCGUACCGGCUGUACAGGAAACACCACGGCGAGGAGCUGCCUCUCCCCGGCGUCAACCACACCCACUCGCAGCUCUUCUUCCUCGCCUUCUCACAGGUGUGGUGUACGUCGGCCACGCCCGAGGCGCAGCGCAUGACGACGCUGAACGACAACCACUCCCCGGCGCGCUACCGGGUGAUCGGGCCGCUCUCCAACUCGCCGGACUUUGCGCGCGAGUACCGGUGUGCGGCCGGCUCCGCCAUGAACCCCGUGCACAAGUGCGAGGUGUGGUGAGCGGCGUCACCCGGCGCGGCGACGGCGAA